UGUAUGAUGGCGGACGAAAAUUUCCACUGGAGAAACCGCAACGCAUAGCCUACCCUGAAUACGGAAAAAAAUGAAAAAAUAAAACUAAUAAACCGAGCCCGGACGGACUGUAGCCUACACCUUCGUCAAAACAAUCGGGCUCAUUCCGGAAGAUGUCAAGGUUGCAAGCUCGGAAAUAAAGCUGUUUUGAUUUUGAUCAUUUGAGAAUGAAUACCGGUAACUCAUUUGAUUUCAAAGCGUUAUUUGUACAGUCACCUCUUGUGGAUGAGGAGGAUUUUGGAGCUCGAGCAAGCCUACUCGCAUGAGCUGCAUCAUUUUGGGAGCCCUAGGAACGCUGGCCCUGAGUAGUAGGAGUCAUGAGUGCUCAGGAGGUGCCUACCAAUCCUGCGCAGGAGCAGGUUGACACUGGGGAUGGAGUCCCAGAUGGCCCCACCGCUACCCCGACGACCACCACCCUCGCUGUCCCGGUCACAAUAAAGAAGGAGCCUGGCACGCAAGGGACCAGUAAUGGGAAAGAUGUGCCUGCCGAGAUCUGCGUGGUCCUCGGUGGAGGAGGAAAGUCUCGCAAUGACCAGACCCAGGGCUCCUAUGUUUGUGGGAUAUGCGGGAAGAAAUAUAAGUACUACAACUGCUUUCAGACGCACGUCCGUGCCCACAGAGAGUCCGAUAGCAUGCCAGGGGAGGGUGCACCACCAGCUCCCAACAAUAGCUUCCGCUACUCCUGUGACAUCUGCGGGAAGAAAUACAAGUACUACAGCUGCUUCCAGGAGCAUCGUGACCUGCAUGCUGUUGACGACCCAUAUGAGCAGGUGGUUCUAGGACCUGUGGAAGACCUCAAGGAGGAGCCGCCAGUGGAACCAUUCCAGAAAAUGGGACCAAAAACUGGGAGCUACGUGUGUGAGUUCUGUGGGAAGCAGUACAAGUACUUCAACCCAUACCAGGAACAUGUGGCUCUUCACCAACCAACGAAUUGGUCCUUCGAUAAUAUGAAGUCGCCUCGGUCACGUGGAAGUGUGGGUGGAAACAUGGACGUCAGCAAGUACAGUGCCACUAAAUUAGAAACCGACAGUCCCUUCAGUCGGAAAAUAGAGAGCAAAACCCAGUCCAGCUUGGUGGACACCAACAGUUCCCAGAACUCAAGCGGUACUCCAAGCCCCCUGGUGACCGGUUCGUUCCCUGCGUCACAGAAACCCUACACAUGUGGCGCCUGUGGCAUCCCGUUCCAGUUCUACAACAACCUGCUGGAGCACAUGCAGUCCCACGCUGCGGAUAAUGAAAAGCAUACCAAAGGGGAGUCUCCAAAGACAUCACCGGGCCCAGCCUCACAGGACCAGUUAUGGAGGUCCCCCCAGCCCCAGCAUCAGGCCCAAGCUCAAAUAGUUCAAGUCCAGAUACAGGCUCAAUCCCAGGCUGCACAGAGAAAACACUCCAUCAACCAGAACAGUGGUGGGUUACCGGAGAAGGAAAGGCAACAGGUAGCCGAGCGUCUCCUGAGGGUGAUGUGUACAGACCUGGGCAUGCUCAACAUGCUCAACAGCAAGGACUUCCUGAAGCUAGCCCAGACCCUGGUGGACACGGGUGCCCGCCACGGUGCCUACUCCACCCGCGAUGCCCUGGGCAACAUGAGCUCUCUGGCCCUACGCCAGCUUCCCCGCAUGUACAACCAGGUCAAGGUGAAGGUGACUUGCGCCCUGGGUUCCAACUCCUACCUGGGCAUUGCUGUCACCUGCCACUCCCAGACAGUGGGGCCUGAUGCCUGCCUAGUGCUGACAGCCUACCAGGUGGAGGGGUCCAGGCUCAAGCGCUAUGUUUUAGGCGUCAAGGAGGCAGACCUGAGGGAGGCGCCAGAGCAGGUGCACCAGUGGACACAGAACGUGCUGUCGGAGUUCGUCAUGUCAGACAUCCGCACGGUGUACGUGACUGAGCCGCGGGUGGGGGUGGGGGGCUUGCCGCUGGGUGGAGGCGGGCGGAGGAGGGUGUGCCUGCGGUGUGCCGGGUGCUCGUUGAGUGCUGUAGUUCAAGCGGUGCUGGGGAAGCACAGCUUGCAGGCAAGGGGGCUCCACGAGCUGGCUGAGCUGUUGGCUGCCUGCCACGACAUCUCCGCCUCCACCAGCCUCUUGUCCACCAGCGCAGCCACGGAUGAGGGCAUGUCUAACCCCUCCACUCACCCUGGGCUCAGCUCCACUCCUCCCUGCUGGGACCGCAUGGCUGAGGCCCUCCUUCAGGUGCACUCCCACUUUGAGCAGAUCUUCGAGGCGUAUGGGAGGAGCAAGGCCACGGCUUCCACACUGCAGGGCCUCAACAAGCACCUUCUAGAGACACUGACCUGCCUGUUGGCCCCUCUGCGCCUGGCCGCCCUGGAACUCAGCAGCCAGAGGAGGCCAACCCUGCAACAGGUGCUACCUGUCUACCUGCGCUUGGAGAAACUGUUCACCUCAAAGGCUGGGGAAGUGGGGACCUCCAGCAAACUCUGCCAUUACUUUCUGGAAGCUCUUAAGGAGAACUUCAAGGUGGAGAAAGCCCACCAGGUAGCCAUGGUGCUGGACCCCCAGCUGAAGCUGCGUCCUGUCCCAGCCUACCAGCAAGAGGAGAUCAUCGCCCACGCCUGUGAGAUGGCCACAGAUGCCCGCGAUGGUGGGGGGUCCGGAGGUGAGGAUGUGGAUGGACCCUCAACACUCAAACGGCUCCGCGUGGACGUCCCCAGGGGCGGGGUGAAUGCCAGAGGGGUAGUAGCCGUGUCGUCGGGUGAGGCGUCGUCAGAUGAAUGCCAGACCCAGGUGAGGCAGGAGGUGUUCCAGUAUCUGGCUGAACCGCUCCUCCAGGGUACCAACCCAGACCUCUUCCACUACUGGAGCACCACUGUGGGCGACCGCUACCCCAGACUGGCACGCCUGGCACUGUGGCUGCUGGCCGUGCCCGCUGUGGGUGUCCGCAGCGAGUGCGUGAGCGUCUGCGAACAGAGCUUGGCCAUGAAGAGGAGGCAGCAGGUCACCGCCGAGGAGAUGAACAAACUCAUCUUCCUGCGCUCCAACAUGGCCUGAAUGUUACGGUCCGACCAAUAAGGCUGACCGAACCACGACCAUAGCUCGACUGUCCUAGACCGACCCACCAACGACUACACAGACUUUCUACAGCGGGAUAGCGGAACCCAUAGUGCCAUCUUCUCAAGAUGCUGAUCAAACUGUGGUUAGUGCCAAAUGCAACAAAGAAAAAAUGAAAUGUAUUAUCAGGGGUUGAAUUGCUUUUAAAAAUGAUAGGAUAAAUGACAAGGAUAGUAAGUAAGGGGUGUUGCGUCUGGUGCUAGCUAGUAACCGCUGUUAUUAGUAGCCGUUGUUAUUCUUUGGCCCUUAAAGAUCUUGCUUUCACUGAAUCACUUCUGACCCUUAUGUGUCAAAGUCAAUUUCAUGCCUUUACUAUGUUAUCAAACUGCCGUCUUUUUACAAUUUCUUCAAUGGCUUGUAGUUGUUUGGCUUUAGUAGCCCUUCGAAGGACUAAAGGAGGAAGAUUGGCCUUCGGUGGUUGUGUAUGGUCUGGCAUCACAUCCGUUCUGGACAAUGGUGCCAUUGGAGUGAUCUGUUACUGAGUGACUAUACUGAAUGACUUGAUGGUUGGGGUGGGUGUGAUUAGGAACUCGUCGGCCUGAUUUGCUAUCUAUAUUUUAGUAAUAAUAAAUUCAAUUGAAAGAGGAAAAGAACUUAAAUGAAGUGGGCCUCCAACCCCACCCAGCCAACAUGUUUCCAUCCAACUCCCCACACCAGGAAACCAUGUUUCCAUCCAACUCCCCACACCUGGAAACCAUGUUUCCCCACCCCCCUAGAAACUAGGUUUGCUCGUCAGUCAGCACUCCCCCCUCCAGGUGAGCAGAGGUGUCGAAAGCAUUCCACAGGGAUGCUGGCCCAUGUUGACUCUAAUGCUUUCCACAGUUGUGAAGUUGGCUGGAUGUCCUCUGGAUGGUGGACCAUUCUUGAGACACACACAUGAAAAUGUUGAGCGUGAAUACAACAGCGUUGUACCUACUACCAUACCCCGUUCAAAGGCACUUCAAAAUGUUGUCUUGCCCAUUCACCCUCUGAAUGGCACACAUAGACAAUCUAUCCAAUUUAUUAUCAUUUAUUAUUUUGGGCUUUAUACAUUUUAUUUGUAUGUAUUAGGCUUUAGCUAAGAUUAUUCGUUAGAGUCAAGUAUAUUUGUCCAGGCCUCAAUUGUUCCUUGAUUAGCACCAUUCAGUCUCGCUGUGGAUAAUUCUGAUAUUAGAGCUUCUAACAGUAACUGUAUCCACUGGAGAAUUGGGAGAGAGUGAGGUGAUUGCCAUCUAAGACACAACAGCUUUUUUUGCGGCAAUGCUGCCUGCCAGCAGUUAAUCAUCCCUUAUUGAGAGGUUCAAGGAGCUAUCGUUGUUAAGUAACAUAAUAGAUGCAAAGCAUUGAAUAUUUACAUUGAUGCACAUUUAACUGCAGGGCACUCCCACAUAAUUUGAAAAAUGUGCCUGCCUGAUUUAGGGGACACAGUGAAGAGUUGGGAGUUGGGGCCAAUUUGAUCAUAAAACACAUCCUUGGUGAUAAAUACAGUCUGUGAACAAACUUAACAUGUAUAAAUUAAUGGUUUGUGUAGGUCAUAUUUUUCCAUGUUCUGUUCAUUAGUCAGAUUCAAUUAGAUCAGUAGAACAAUCCUUUUCUUAAUGGCUAGCUCAGAAUGAGCUUUCCAAGUUGUUUAGAUAUUAUAGAGAUCAGUCCUUUCCAGAGCCCAGAUAAUUUAUUUAUAAGUCCCAUCAUUGGAUGGUUCGGUAGUUGGGUUUCCCAAGGGACUUCUUACGCCAGCAUAGCUGACCUAAAUUGUAAAAAAAAAAAUGUUUUAAAAUGUACAAAAGAAAAGAGUUGCCUGGUAAUGUGUAUAUCUCUAAUCUUGGAAUAUUCUCAAACCAUUUCUGUCCAUGAUACCGGUAAAGGUACGGAUUCCACAUUUGGACCACUGGGGAGGAUGCAAAAGGCUGCCCUACAGAUCGCAAGGCAUUCUUGUGAUAUAUUGGAGCAUGCCAUUUUGAUUCCUAGUUGCGUUGUUUAACAACUGGCGCAAAAUAGAAAUUGUGUGUGCUAUAAUGGGACCAAAGCAUACUUGAUGUUUUUUUAGGGGUUAUAUCUCUUCCAUGGCAAUAGGAGACAAUAUUUCUCUCUAUUCAGCCAAGGGGAAAAAUAAUCAUGUCUAAAACAAUUUAGGAUGGGUUGAAAUGCUAGUGCCUGGAAAUACUAUUUUAAGUUUGGUAGGGAUAGUCCUACGUCUUUCCCUCGUUGUGAUUUUGUUCACUUUAGAGAGAUGUCUGGUCUAUCAAAAGCUUUUCCUGCAUGGAGAGAGAAUACAGCCCAAGGAGCAUCUAAGAUAUGUCAUAGUCGGGGAGGUUAUCCGAGGAUAAAUGUUUUUGAACAAAGUCUCGAGAUGGGACGACAGCAUCUUGGAAAAAACGUUUAAUAUUUAUGUUUAUCAAAGAUAGGAAGAACACUGGCAGGCAUCCUUACCUUUUUUUUAAACUUAAAGUGAAAUUAGUGCUGUAUUCACAUCUCUCCCAAAUGAACCUUUGUGAACAGCUGUGUUAAUCAUUUCGAGCAAUAGUGGACCUAAUUGAUUCCCAAAAUUGUACUAGACCUCAGGAGGAAUACCCUCCCAUCCAGGUGAUCAUGCUAGCCCCAAUGUCCUUUUGAGUUUACUGAAAGACAUUUGGGCUCCCAGUGAGGUGGCUUCCUCUGAUAGAUGAGGUGUUCCUAAUUAUUUUAGAAAGGACUGGGUUGGUGUGGAUUUAUAAUCCGAGGUAUACAGUUCUUUAUAGAAGUGGGAAAAUAUUUGAUUCAUUUGGGUUCUGAUGGUAAUUCCCGUGUUUCAGAUUCAAUAGUCGCUAUGUCAGCUAAUUGAUCAUCUUGUUGACCAGUAAAUGACUGGGACGAAUACCAUGAAAGUAAUGGUUGAGUCUAACUCGAUGGAUGGCAAAUUCUGCUCUCUAUCUUAUCAGUAAAUUAAGUUAUGUCUUGACAUUGGAAAGAGUAAUAGCUACCUGGUCUGAAAAUAGUGUUUGUUGAGAACUCACUAACGCAGUUAACGUUUCCAAUUUUGAUAUCUUAUUUAAUUAUGGACAUGCAAGACAAGUACAAUGAGACCAUGUCUCUCCAGCAUAUACUCUCUGAUUACAACCUCAUUGAUGCCUGGCGAGCAAAUAAUCCUAAAGCAGAGGAGUACACUUUCCACUCAAACAGGCAUAAUACGUUCUUCUGUCCCGAUAACAACAUGGAAAUCAGUUAAUUCUAACAAUAUGUUCAGAGAAUCAAAAAACCUAGGCUCAUAUGAAUUUGGAGGAUACACAUUAAGGCAUUUUUCUUCCAUUAUGGACACAUUUAAGGAAAGUGAUUCUGCCUUCUUGGUCUUCGCCUUUUCCCAAUAUUAUAAUUACACCUUUUAGUUUUGUUCGGGGCUGAAAAGCAGUCUUUUUUUUAUUUUUACAAAUUCUCUUUUCUUGAGCAGAUGUGUUUCUUUGAACUUUGCUAUAUUAAUAUGGUUUCUUGCUAGGAUAUCAAGACAGCGGGAACGUUUAAUAGAACUAUUAAGGCCCUUCAAAUUCCGAGAGAGAACAGCUAGUGUGGACAUUGAAGAAAACAAAAAGAAAUCAUAAUGUAUUAUAAUGGAUGUAAUUUGUUUAAAUUAUUUAAUUUUUUGGUUUCUUUCCUUUCUUUCCUUGUUUUUUCUAUCCUUGUCUUUUAUUUAAUUUACUCAAUCGUGGGCAUGUAAUACCAUUGACAGCCGUUACAAAUAGCCAUCCCACAUUAGGGAAGUGGGAGCUAAAGAUUCAUGGUCCCCCAGACUAACCGCCACACCUCCCCCAGAACACCCCACUACCUCGGUGUGGUGGACACAUUGUCAUAUAACUGGCUAUCAGGAGCACAUUUCAUUUGUCUAUGAAAUCAGGCCCAUCCCUCUUGUGGUGUUAUUUGGUCCAACUUCUCAGUAAAAUCUUGACCUCCCACUUUCUUUUGCAAUAAAUCCUCCCAGUGUA